CAAGUCAAUUGCGUUUACUUAUACCAGGCAGAAGGCACAGUGUGAACUGUGAAGUUUGGAGAUAGGUCAGGUGUAGCUGUUAAUAAUGAGAGCGAAGCAGGUGUUUGGUAUAUUUCUGCUGAGCUUUUGCUUGCAACUGGAAGUUAAUGCUGCAGUACCGAGAAUAGGAGUUAUUGGUGGAGGUAUUGGUGGAACAGGAGCAGCAUAUUUCUUAAGAAAACUCUUUGGACCAAAAGGAAUUAAAAUAGACGUUUAUGAACAUGGAGCUAUUGGAGGCAGAUUGGCAACUGUAAAUGUUGAUGGUUUUGAGUAUGAAACUGGAGGAUCUGUAAUACACCCAAAGAACCAUUACGUUGUGGGGAUAAUGAAAGAGUUAGGUUUGGGACGAAGAAAAACACAUGAAUCGACUUUUGGUCUCUAUGAUGGUAACAGAUUUCUUUUUCGUGAAGCAAACACUUGGAACUUCAUUAACACACUUAAAAUAUUGUGGCGGUAUGGUAUCAAUGUAAUCACUUUACAAGACUAUGUAAGCGACAUGCUUGGAAAAUUUGAAAGGAUCUAUGGACUACAAAAAUCAGGAUUUGCAUUUCCAAGUGUCAAUGAUUUAAUGGCAGGAACAGAUUUAGAACUUGCAGAGGCUCUGCAUGUGUCACUUAAGGAAGCACUUCUACAUGAGGGAUUUUCCAAACUGCUGAUUGAUGAAUUAGUAACAGCAGCAAUUGCUGUAGACUAUGGUCAGACCACAGAUGUCCAUCAGUUUGUUGGAUCUGUUGCUCUUGCUGGGGCUGGUGCUGGUUUGUUCGCAGUUGAAGGUGGGAACUUCAAGUUGCCAGUUAAAAUGUUAGAUGCUUCUGGUGCUACUUUAAAGAAAGUACAUGUGUCAUCAAUUGAGCUGCUCAAUACAGGAAAAUAUUUAAUACAUAGCACAGGAAAUCAUUCCAUAAAAUAUGAUGCUGUUAUUAUGGCCUUUCCAUAUGCUGAAAACAUUAAUUCCAAUUUUACAUUUAGAAAUUUCCCUUCUACAUUUAUAUAUGAACCCUCUGGUAAUUAUCAUCGUACAGUAAGUACAGUUGUAAAAGGAGAACUCAAUCAUACAUUCUUUGGUUUUGAAGAUGCUGCAGAUGUUGUUGAUGAGAUUUUGUGUGUUAGAACUGACUUAGCAUUUAAUUCAAUUGGUAGGAUCUAUCCUGUAAGUGGUACGCCCAACAAAAAGUCUGAUGUAUGGAAAGUUUUUUCUCAAGUACCUUUGUCAAGAGAACAGAUAGAUAGUUUGUUUAAAUCAGUAGAUAAAAUAGUUGUGAAAGAUUGGCUGGCAUACCCACACUAUCGUGCUGAUUGGAGGCAUGAUAAAUUUCGAGUACAUGAUAAUCUCUAUCAUAUCAAUGCUAUAGAAUGGGCUGCAAGUGCAAUGGAAAUGAGCUUGGUUGGUGCAAAAAAUGUAGCACUCUCAUUUUAUCAUGAUUGGGGAGAACCCAUAGUGGAAGCCACUGUUGAAGAAACUGUUAAGCUGAACCUAAAAGUAGAUCUGUAGUUCCAAAACAGAGUUUUUAUACUCCAUGUCAUUGUCAGUUAUCUACAAAUGUCAUGAAAAACAAGUUAUACUUUGAGUCUCUGUAAGUCCAUCUUUAUACAGGAUGGUCGAGGGACUUUGGCUGUUCAUUAUAAAAGUUAGAUCAGAAAUACCUUUAGCUGCCUAUAUUUCAAAUAUAAUUUUACUUAGGUGACCAGUUUCAUAAUUGGUGUCCAUAGAUUACUUUUUUAACAAUAUGACCCACUGCAGUUAAUGAAUGAAGGGAUCACAUUGUUAAAAAAAAAAUGAUCUAUAGGUACCAGUUACUAAAUGCAAAUUCCUAUUUAAAUUGUGGGCACGACUGGAUUCUUCCUAAAUGUGGGUCAAGGGGCUUGAAGAUGAUGUAGUGAAAUGACAAAAGUGGUUGCAUAAGUGAAAUAAAAUUUGAACUGUAGACAGUUGAAGGUGAUUCUGAGUUAACGCUUUAUAGUUGUAAUUUGUGAUCCACUUCUGUAUUGGGAUGGAAUUCAUUUACUCUUGAUAGAGUGCAAAUUUUGCGGAUCAUCUGUGACAAAAGUAAAACUGUGGAUCAUGCCAGGACUUGAACUGGACAUUUGGCUAUCACAAGUCCUUUUGUGGCUAUCACAAGUCCUUUUGUUUCAGUUGGGGUAUGAAUAGCUACCCAUGAGUCAAAUCAGAGCUUCAGUUUUGCCACUAGCUCCUCUCUGUUCCUUCCAAAUUCAAAAGAGGCUCACAUCUGAAGAAGUGGAGUUUGGAGUGGAGGCAGUGGCAAAUUGUAGCCUUGUGGCAGUCUAGGAGUCCCGAAGUCCCUAUGUUUGACAACUGGAACAGCCCAGUUCACACAAGACAGUUGUCUGGAUUUGAAUCCUGGUUUAGUCUACAGUUUUAUCUAUAAUAUAAUAUUAUAUAACAUAUGUGUUAUGUAACAAAGAAAAGGUCUUAAUUUGUUGAACAAUAUAUUAUCCACAAAAGUUUGUCAACAGUGUCUCUCACUGUUCAUCUCAUUUGUAUGGUUGUGAAAUUUCAUAAUAAAUCACAAUGCAUAGACUA